AUGGCGGCCAACGCACUUAACGCCGUCUAUCGAUGGGCGGUCCCUACUGCAAUCGGUUUCUCACUGGCAUCUGCAUCCAUCUACGAUGUGAAGGGUGGCACCCGAGCUGUCAUCUUCGACCGUCUCCAGGGUGUUUCUGACCAGGUCGUCAACGAAGGCACACACUUCCUUAUCCCAUGGCUACAGAAGGCUAUCACAUUCGAUGUACGGACAAAGCCGAGAAACAUCAGCACAACGACUGGUAGCAAGGACUUGCAGAUGGUUAGCUUGACGCUGAGGGUAUUGCAUCGACCGGAGGUGCAGCAGUUGCCCAAGAUAUACCAGAAUCUCGGCCAAGACUACGACGAGCGUGUCCUCCCCUCCAUCGGAAACGAAGUCCUCAAAGCCAUCGUCGCCCAGUUCGAUGCCGCCGAGCUCAUCACCCAGCGAGAGGCUGUCUCGAAUCGCAUCCGUGCAGACCUUCUAAAGCGUGCCUCCGAAUUCAACAUCGCCCUCGAAGACGUCAGCAUCACACACAUGACUUUCGGCCGCGAGUUCACGAAGGCUGUAGAAGAGAAGCAGAUCGCGCAGCAAGAGGCAGAGCGGGCGAGGUUUAUCGUGGAGAAGGCAGAGCAAGAGCGACAGGCAAACGUUAUUCGAGCAGAGGGUGAAUCAGAGGCUGCAGAGGUCAUCUCGAAGGCUGUGGCGAAGAGUGGUGAUGGUUUGAUCCAGAUUCGAAGAAUCGAGACCCAGAAGGAUGUUGCUCAGAUGUUGGCCGCCAACCCGAACGUAACAUACCUGCCUGGAGGCAGCGGAGAUGGAUCAGGUAGCGGUGGCAAGGGCAACUUCUUGCUCGGUCUGAGGUCGUAG